CACGCGAGGCCCCGCCCAAUCACGCCUAAGUUCUAGCGGGAAGAGCCCAGCUGCUCAGGGGCAGAAAGAUGUCUGGGUGCAACGCAGAAGCUGAGGAAAAGGCAGGCUCCAAACAGUGUCCCCAGGUGCAGGUGAAUGAAUAUAAAGAAAAUGGAAAUUGUGCUUAUACUUCUUUGAGACCAAUACAGACUACAACUUCAGGGAAAACAGCUAAGGCUUAUUGUCUUUCUCCAUUUUCGCUCAGCAAUUCCAAGCGAGCACGAUUUAAGUUGUCCACAUCCCCAUUUGAAAGCCAUCCUAACAAUGCGGUGGCUUGUAAGAAGACUGGCCGGAAGAAAACUUGUAGAAAGGGUGUAACUUCAAAGAUGAAGGCCGUAUCUUCCAAGGCAGAGUCCCUUCUGCUGAAACCACCUGUGGAUGCUUACACUGACAGUGAGCUGCGACACAGCAGCACAGCAGAGUCGGUGACUCUCAGUGUGGACAUGGGAAGCAGUGAUGAAGACAGUGCACCAGGCCUGGGUGAUUUUUCAGAAUUGUCACCUUAUGAAAGGAAGAGAUUGAAGAACAUCAAAGAGAAUGCAAACUUUUUUGCUUCCCUUGAGUUAUCUGAGUCAGCUGCAAGGCUCCGUGGAAUGAUAAAGAAGAGACAGCCUCCUGAAUCAAAGAGAAAGAGGCCUAAGAAGAAAGAAAAUGAGAUCGGAUGUCGAAGGUCCAUGCGAUUGUUAAAAGUAGACCCUCUGGGAGUUUCAUUGCCAGCAGCUCCAACACAACCAAUGUUAGAAGAAGAAGAAGAAAAUCCUUUGCUACCCCCUGGACCCUUAGAAAUGAUUCCUGAAAACCAGGAUGACAGCAAUGAACUGUUCAGAGCUUCUUUGAAGACAUGGGCAGACAUGAGCAAGACAAGUAAUGAGAGAACCAAGGAAGGGCUAUCUAGCAUCAAAAGCUACAAAGCCAAUUUAAGUGGUAUGGUCAUCAGUGAAGCUACUGUUCGUAAGGUGACAAGAGGCGCGAUCUCCUCUGUAGCCCUCCAUCCAUCAGAAGUGAGAACCUUGGUAGCAGCUGGAGCCAAGUCUGGGCAAAUCGGACUUUGGGAUUUGACCAGGCAAUGUGAAGAUGGGGUAUAUGUUUUUUAUCCCCACAGCCAGCCUGUUAGCUGUCUUUACUUCUCACCCACCAAUCCAGCCCACCUACUGUCACUGAGCUAUGAUGGCACAUUGCGAUGUGGGGAUUUCUCCAGUGCUGUUUUUGAAGAGGUGUACAGAAACGAAGGAAAUAGCCCCUCCUCCUUUGACUUCUUGGCAAAAGAUGCUUCCACUCUGCUAGUGGGACACUGGGAUGGACAUUUGUCACUGGUAGAUAGACGGACACCUGGAACUUCACAUGAGAAAUUUUUUAAUUCAUCUAUGGGAAAAAUAAGAACUGUUCAUGUCCAUCCAGUAUCCAGGCAGUAUUUUAUCACUGCAGGAUUAAGGGAUGUUCACGUUUAUGAUGUGAGGUGCCUGAAUUCCAGGGGAAGCCAGCCUAUGAUCUCUUUGGCUGAACACUCCAAGAGCAUUGCCUCUGCAUAUUUUUCACCUGUUACGGGUAACAGAGUGGUGACCACAUGUGCUGACUGUAAGCUGAGAGUCUUUGACAGCAGCUCUUUAUCUUCCCAGAUUCCUCUCCUUACUACCAUCAGGCAUAACACUAUCACUGGGAGAUGGCUAACGAGGUUCCAAGCUGUGUGGGACCCUAAACAAGAAGAUUGCUUCAUAGUUGGCAGUAUGGCCCACCCACGGCGGGUGGAAGUCUUCCAUGAGACGGGAGAGAGUGUGCGCUCUCUUUCUGGGGACUGUCUUGUGUCUGUGUGUUCCCUCAGUGUUAUGCAUCCCACCCGUUAUGUCCUGGCUGGAGGUAACUCCAGCGGGAGGUUACAUGUUUUUAUGAGUCAAGAAAGCUUCUGAGCUAUAGGAUAGAUUCAACAAUUUGCUCAAAUUGUUGUUGUGGCAAAGGAACCUCGUGGCAGGAGGGACCUGGAGCAGAAUCUGGGAUGCUUUCAGCACUUGGAGACAGGACCUUGUGUAGCCCAGGCUGGCCUUAGACUCCCUGUAGCCAAGAAUGACCUGGAACUCUGGAGCCUCUUGACUCCACCUCCUAAGUGCACCACUCCACUCAGCAUCUUUCAGCACUUUUAAUUAGGCUGUAUUUUGAGAAAUUCUAUCAAAUUAUAAGGCUUUGAGUGGUCAGUAUUAACUUUUCUGUAAUAUAAUGAGACCAUUUUUGAUGCAAUAGUGAUCUAUGGAUCUGUGAUUUAUUUUAUAGUUUGGGGUGGAUACUUAUUUCUCACACUGGAAUAGGUCCUAAAAGAUCAUCUAAUUAUGAAAUAUGAUUAGACCUAGGGCCUGUCACAUGUUAGGCAAGUAUUCCAAUAUUGACCAAUACCCCGUCUUUAAAACUUAGUUGUUCUGCUUUGUUGCUUUUGAGAGUGCGUUUUACUCUGUAACUCAGGCUUCCCUUGAGCUUUAGUUUUCCUGCCUCACUUUUCCAAAUUCUAGGACUAUUGGUGUGUACUACCAUGUCUAGCCAGAUCUUAGUUUUGUAAGCUAAGAGCCUUUUUUGGGGUUCUUGUAUCUCAGUUACAUGAAAUCCCACAAUUUUCUUUGGGAACGUUGGUUUCUGUGACUAGGGCCUGCAUCUGCCUUCUUCCCCUGGGCAGCUCCAGAAAUGAGCUGGGACUGCACAGUGUUUGAAUUUGCACCAUUAUCCUAUAUUCUAGUGUAUAACUGUGUAAAGCUAACUGUGGUAGCUUUUCACAUGAAAUUCGUAACCCCAGCACUUGAGGUAGAUAGAAGCAGGAGAAUCAGGAGUUCCAGGCUAACCUGGCUCUCCUUUCGUUGCCCCCGAAUUAGUAAAGUACAGAAAGCAAAAUUAGGAUAUUUUUAUUUUAAUAGAAUAUUUUAAAAUAAAACAGUUUCAUAUGGUAUAUGUUUAUAUAUAUUCUUCUAUAAAUCAGUGGCUUGGUGUCACACUGUAACAUGUAUCCAACUUUUCUAUGUUACUUGCCAAAGUUACUACUGAAAGACUUAUAAAUAGCUUAGGCAGUAUGUUUGGAUUGUAAGAGGGAAUACUCUUGUAUGUCACAGAAAUAAAGUAUGAAUUUUCCUUGAG